AUGGCUAAUCUAACCUAUGCCUACCGAAAUGAUCUCGAUGCGAAAACGGGAAAACUAAUUGAAACAGAUUUACCAACUACGUCACAAGACACAUCCGGCUAUUAUGAUGACUUCGAAGGAGUGCUUGUAAAAGGAGAAAAUGGAGAGAUUUAUGCUGCUUUUGAUAAUCAUGCGAGAAACGAUCCGAUUAAUAUGGCCGACGUGAUGGAGAUUGAGAUCACCGAGGCGCCGGAUGGAAUCCAAGCGAUGACCAUUCUCGCACAACGGGGAGCUGGACAACCUUUGGAUUUAAACGACCAAGGCACAGCUGAAAUGGAAGGCGAGCAGGAUUUGGAUGACUUAAUGGGACCGAUUCCUCAAGGUCUAAAGUACAGAAAAAAUCGGCAACGUGGUGGAUGCAAGUGCCCCGAGUGCGGUGAUACUUUCAUUAAUGCAGCUCGUUUGGAGAGACACUUGGCUGUACAUCAGGUCUUUGGCUCAUAUUUGUGUCCACUUUGCGGGAAAACGUACAAGUACGAGUAUAAUUUAUUCUAUCAUUGGCGAAGGACGUGCCGAGAUUUGAAUGAUCUACUUGGAAGCACUGAGGAGAGACGGACAAUGGACGUGAACGCUUUGCGAGCUCUCGUUGACGAGGUUGCCUCAAAAAAAGCCGAGAUUGGUCCAAUCGAUAUUGGGAUUUCGAGAUCGCUUCUCUUUCAAAAUGGUCCAGUUGCAAAGCUGGAGAUUCCGAAAAAUCCGCUAGGACAUCGUGGAACCGCUUGUCAAGCCUGUGGCCUCAUCGUUCUCACUUCACAUAUGGAGAGGCACAUCAGAAUCCAUCGAGGGGAUUUACAACCAGACGAACGGAGCGCAUGUGGAGGAUACUUUUGUGAUCUUUGUGGGUUGAUGUUCCGACAGCACUUCAAUUUGAUUAAACAUUGGAGAACGGCUUGUCCAGAGAUACAGGCAAAUCUCCCAGAGAACUGCGAGCUAACCCUAGAUGAUCGUCAACUAAAAGAAAUGGUGAAAGAAUUGAUUCAAAAAGCGGCCACAAAUCACGUUGAGGAGAGGGAUUACAAACUGCCGAUGAUGAGAAAUCCAUCCGCAUCCGGUUUGGGCUACUAUAAGCGAAAUGAAAUUCUCGAUCAUGACGUGGGCACACUUGCUGAUGAAGAUCAACGAUAUACAGAAGAACAGGGCCUUGUCUUUGCUGACGAUUUCGUCGAUGAGGAUGUGAGUGGUGAAAUGCCGAGCUCGAGUCGGAGUGGUGAGAAAGAGAAAUGGUCAAUGGACUCACAACCUGUUAAUUGUCCCGAAUGCUUUCGAUCAUUUGCGAACGCGGGCCGUCUCGAGAGACACUUGGCGGGUUUCCAUGCAUCUUAUGGCGCACAUCAUUGCAUUCUUUGUGGAAAUCGAUUCAAAUACGAUUACAAUUUGUUGUACCAUUAUCGACACAGCUGCCCGUACACGAGAACGUUCAUCAUGAGAGAUGUUAGGGAACAAAUGGACGCUCAAUCUCUUCGCAAAAUGGUUCGAAAUCUCGCGCAACGUGAAGUGAAGCUGACCCCAACGAUCACCACAUCACAUCGAAUGUUUUGCAGCACGAAAAACCCGAUGAUAAGCAACGAUGAGAUGGUUCGUCGACAAAUGCUGGGCAAAGCCAAUCAUCAACCACCGCCGAUAAUGACCGUUCCAAAGAAUGGACUUACCGGGAAAAAUUGCCCGAUUUGUCAAAUCGUUUUUUACGGAACGGCGAUCGAAUUGCACAUGCGAAGAGCUCACUCAGUCUCUUGGGAAGAUUAUCUGGCACAGAAAGAACGCGAGAGUGCGUACGAGAGUGCGUUUUCAGGUGGAAUGGAGGAAGAAGACGAUGCCGAAGAAGCGCCACCGAAACUCGAGCCGGAAAUCGAUCCAUCUGAACCGACAACCACCGAAAUCUCACAAAAGGAGACGCUAAUAAGUGAAAGCGAAAUCACACAAACGAAAUCCACAAUCAUUCACAUCAAGAAAGUGAAUGGGACAUUUGUGGAAGUGAUGAUCGAAGGAUUCGAAGAGGGCUAUCUGCAAACGCUUAUCGACUCUGGUCAACUCGAGCUCGAGCCCGGGGAUGAAAUCGAGAUUGUUGGAGAAACUGAAGAGACCGAGGGGCCACACGAGGACCAAGAAGUAGGCGUCAUCGAAUACGAAGAUCUACCGCAAAAUGAUGAUUAC